UUGACGGUAGUGGAGAGUACCCGUGUGUCGCAGUCCGCGCGGGAGCCCUAACUGAGGCUGACUGCACCGACCCUUGUGGAGUUCUUGGCUCGAUCUGUGCGACAAAGUUCGUGUUUUCUCGGUGUUAUCUGGUUUGACGUUAGAAGGAACAAGUGUUGCGUUGGUUACGAUUUUUACUCAUGAAUUUACUGAAGGAGAACGACAUUACCCUUUGAAAACGGCGGAAAAAUGGAAAGUUAUCUCUGAAUGCACCAUGUUCGCAACUUUGACCUGUGGAUAAAAUGCGCCUGUCAACAUGUGUUGAGUGAAUAAUUCAUCGGCAGUCCACAUCAGUGACUUUACCAAUAUGGAUUUUAUCAUUCAAAAGGUGAACGGGCGCGACGUGAGCGGGCUCAGCCACUCGGACGCCGUGCGGGUGUUCCAGGAGGCGCAGGAGCCCAUCAUGGUCCAGGUGCUGAGGCGGCCGGCCCACAACAACAACAACAAUAACAACAACAACAACAACACCAGUAGCGGCAACACGCCCAACGCCGCGCAGACGCAGCAGCAGUCCGCCUCCGCGCCCUCCUCGCCCUCGCACGCGGCCUCCCCCAACGGCACGCCCUCGACCUCCGCCUCCACGUGCACCACCACGGCCGCGUCGGGGGGCGCCCGCCACCACCACGAGGGCGAGCUGCACGCGGGCCCCACCGCCACGACGGGGACGCAGACGGAGAUGACCCUGAUGGGCGUGGGCGACUGGGAGGUGGCCACGAGCGAGUGGAUGGGCGGUGUGGGCGUGGCCAGCGACUCCGACUCUCCCGACGGCGACUACGUUUUCCCCGGCGACUUGCCUCAGUCGCUCUCGCAGUUUCUGGAGCAGGAGAUCGAUAUCGAGGAGAUCAUCCUAGAGCGAGAGACGCCCGAAGAGAAAUUGGGUCUCACCUUAUACUACAGCAACGCUCCUGCACCCCCGCCCACGCACAUGGCGGAACAGGACGAGGGCGUGGGAGUGGCGGAGGACGAAGGCGAGGGCGUGGAGGACUACAAGGGCGUGGUGACGGAAGUCCUUGUGUCCCAGAUCGAGCAGGGAACCGUUGCCAGUCGGGACGGCAGGCUGAGGAUAGGGGAUCAGAUCCUGCAGAUCAACGGCGUGGAGCUAACGACGCGGGCGCAGACGGAGGAGCUCUUCGCCGGAUGCGGGACGAAGGUGACGCUCCUCGUCUCACGAACUCAGUAUUACGACGAGGAUGACUUGGUCGAGGGCGAGGUUUUGGAAGACGUAGUCGAGGAAGACGAAGAGGUCGAGCUUCUAGACGCCAAUUCUGAAUUCCACACGGGCCGGUCCCCCGCCCACUCCCUGAAGAGCAACGACAGCGUCGAAAAGAAGGAGGAGGUCCGCGUUAAGACCGGUCGCUCGUCGUCGUCAUCAUCGUCGUCGUCGUCGUGCGAGCGAAAGCCCAAGCGGUGUUCGUCGGCCUCGUCGACGUCCUCGCGCGGCUCGCAGGUGCGGGAGGCGACGGGACGCCCGUGCACGAUAGAACGCGAAAUGCACGCCCUCGACGCGCAGAUGGCCGACAUCGCCCACCAAUGCGAACAGCUCGAGGCCAGCCACAAGACUGGGCCCAGAUCACCCGAACCGGCCUACAAGGUUCCCCUUGAGCAGCUGCAGCAGCAACAGCAGCAGCAAAGUAAGGCUGUGAAAAAUAUGUGUAGCCGCCCGCCCGCCAGGACGCCCCUGCCGGCGGGCUCGGAGUCGGAGCACAUCUACGAGUCGAUUCCGGACGUGAGCGAGUCGGACGAGCCGAUCUACUGCGUGCCGUACGAGCCCGGACGCACGAGGCGCCGCCAUACGCCUGCCACGCUCAUGCCAGCCACCAAACCGCCGCUGCUGCUCCAGAAGCCCACGCAGCCACCGCCACAGCAGCCGCAGCAGCAGCAGCAGCCACAGCAGCAGCAGAGCAGCGGGCGGGGCACCCGGGGGAGCGGCACAAGCAGCAGCAGCGGGGGCAGCGUGAGAGACCGGCGGACCGUGGAGAAGCAGCAGUCGGUGGAGAGAUGGGUGAGAGAGAAUCCGCACCCGCGCUCCCCCACGCACGCUGCACCCACUGCACCCACCGCGGCCCACACCCACGCCCACACCGCGCCCACGGCCACCACCACUACCACCACAACGCCCGUCACGAACUCCGUGAAGCGCGCCGACGCCCCGCAGGAGGAGAGGGACUCCUCGUCGGCAUACAACACGGGUGACUCGACCGGCAGCACGCACCGCCCGCCGCCCACGCUCGAGCUGAGCCUCGGCCAGGAUCCCGCCCUCAGGCAGUCCACCCUCACGCUCUGCCCGCCCACGCACGACCAAUCCCUUCAGGUUAGCCUCGAGUCCGACACCUACUCGGCCAUCUCCUGUGACAGCUGCCGCCGGUGCAUGCGACUGCCGCCCCUCCAGCACUCCCUCCCGCAAAAGACAACCAAUGGGCGCGGUCUAGAGCCAGACCACACCCACCCCAACACGCCCCAGCACGGCCACUCCCAGUCCUCCAGUCAAAAAGCUGAGAGUGAAAGUAACCGUAAUUAUGUCACCUUCCUGCCGGCACAGACGAUGUACACCAACGCCGCAAACCUCCAGCAAACGAUCUGGCUCCAGCAGCAGCUCUUCCGCCAGGCGCUCCACAGGGGGUCCACGGCGCCCUCCACGCCCACCGCCUCUCACCGGGGCGGCCUUCCUCCCAGGGCGCCUCCGAGGACUCCGCAGGACGAGCCCGUUAAAAUGGAGUGGAAGGUGAAGCGGCGUCCAGACGGCACACGGUACAUAACCCAGCGGCCAGUGCGAAGCAAAUUACUGAAGGAACGGGCGCUCAAGAUCAACGAGGAGAGAGCAGGUCUUACCACGGAUGACGACGCCAUGUCCGAGCUGAAGCUGGGUCGGUACUGGAGCCGAGAGGAGCGCAAGCGGCACCUGGAGAAGGAGCGAGAGCGCCGACGGCGGCACGAGAUGAGGCGACAGCAGCAGCAGCAACAGCAGUUGGUCCACCACCCCACCCCGGACGACCCCCCGACGGCGCUGAGGACGUGCACCCUAGAGAACGGCGUCCACCAGGCCCUGUGGAGGGACCACUCCAUCAGAAGGAAAACCUCCUCCACCUCCGACAACGCGCACAAGAAGUUGUCCUCGUCGUCGCGAAGGCGGACGGACGUGGACGAGGCGGCCUACGGCGUCCGGACGCCCGUCCACCCUGCGAACCCCCCCGUGCCCCACCACACGGCCCAGCAGAUGAUGAAGGGCCUCCUGUCCGUGACCACGGUCUGAACCGCGGACCGGUAGCGUGGUCGAGGACCCCCAGAAAGUCUUUCUAUUGUAGUCAAACGAGCAAGUCCUCGAGGAGCGCUGCACCCGAGGCUCUGCUUGCUCUCACUCCACCUGCCCCCCUCCCCUGCCCCACUCCCUCCUCUUCUCCGUAGAGGCGUUCAGGAAGCGGAGAAUUCUUAGAAAUCUUGCUUUUGGUGAAGCGAGCAAGGCUGGUGUGGAGGACAAUCAGUUUCUGGUAUUUCUUUCGUAUACAGUGUUGCCACAUUAUUCGUAGCAUAUUUGUGAUUUAGUUGCAAAAGUCGAUGUUCUUGUGCGAAUAGCAAAGCAUAUGUGAUAAGCCUUUUUAGGAUCGAACUAAUCUUCGAAACACCAGCAUAUGUAUUACUCAUACCAGCAUCGCCAGUGUUUGCGUCUGUGUUUGGUUAUUUCAUGAACUUUAUAUCCGAAUGCAGGAAAUUCACCAAAUAGUGAAGAUGAUAAUCACACGAGUGUUUUUUCACGAUGCUUUAGUGCACUAUACUUUUCGAAGAGAAAGAGAAAAAAUAUAGACUUACACGAGUAUAGUGUUUCACCUGAAGCAAACGGAAACACAAUGUUGUGCUACCGGUUAUUUUGAGCAGCAGAAUGUACCGAGGUGUCAGCAGAUAUCCUUGCACGGUGAUAUGAUGCAGAACAGUCACCUCACCAGCACAGCUCAUGUAGCUUUUUGGAUUUCAGUGAAGUCCUCUUUAGCUAUUCUCUUAAGUAACUUGUAACCAAAGUGUGCAUCCACCCAAUGCAACUUGUGUGGAGCCAUGUCAUGAUUUGGGGAUCCCUCACAGUCCUCGAAAAAUGGAGUUAUAUAUCUAUAUAUAUAGUAAUAAAAAAAGUGCUUUAUAUGGAAUUGUUUGGCAAGAGAUGCUCAACACAACACACACAUCUCAUCCAGAUCGUCAUGGUAUCUGUGACAGGAGUUAGAGCCAUUUUUUCGUGUAGACAUUUUCGAACUUUGCCCCUUUAGCUUGGGUGUAAAGUUUUUUUCUGUUUUUUCUUUUCUUUUUUUGUAUAUAGAAAAAAUGACUGCUCAUUCAACUCGUCCAGUUUGUUUUAUACUCGUUGUGGAUGUUAAGAUACACCUUGGCUUUUGUGAGGAAUUUAGUCACUCUCCCUGGCAGAACCUUAUUGUAUAAAAUGCAAAGUUAAAACUAGUGAUCAACCUAGGCAUCUGUAUAGUCCACGAACCUUUUAAGAAAACACCCAAAAACGCAACAUAAAAUGAAAUAAAAAAAAAAAUAAACACUUGGGUACGUCUGUGCAAUGGUGCUUGGUUACCAGGUCCAGUGCACACUCACCGCUGGUACGCGCAACCCAAACAAUACCCCUAGUCUUCUUCUCUCUCAUCUUUUUCCCUAGAUAAUUUUGACGUUUGUCUCAAUCCUAUCUGUAUCGAUGUAAAUUUGUGUAUAGCAAGAAAAGCUUUAUAUUGACUAUGGCCAUUCAAGAGUAUGUUAUGCUUUAAAAUAAAAAAUAUUGAUAUUUCCA